AUGGAGGACUCUGGCACCGGCGUUCCCGUGUUCGAGGACAAAUUGGCGACUUUUCAGGCUAUCACUGGCCUUGAAGACCCCGAUCUCUGCGCCGAGAUCCUUGCCGCCCAUGACUGGGACCUCGAUCUCGCCGUCUCCUCCUUCACGUCCGCUUUUUCCCCGUCCGUCCCCGGUUAUGCCGCAGAGCGCAGUCCCGGUCCUUCUAACGGGGCCAGCAGCGGCUCGCAGUCCGAUCAGGAUGUCGUCCAGGUGCGGGGAGCCGCUCAUCCCGGCAUUGCCUGGAGGCUCGUCACCCUCCCUUUCUAUGUCGUCUCCGGCGGGGUGGGCCUUAUUUCCGGCGCGGUCGGCGUCGGCGCCUGGGUCGCUGGAAGCGUAAUCUCCCGUUCCCUUGGCCUCCUUGGCCUUCUCCCGUCGCGCAGCUCCGGGGACGGCUCCUCGCUGAUUCCCCCUGUUUCCGCCGAAGCGGCCGAGGCCGCGGAAUUUGUGGCCAUCUUCGAGAUGGAAUUUGGUGGUGCCGGCGCCUCCAGACCCAAUUUCGUCGAAGAGGGUUUCAUGGACGCGCUGCAGCGCUCAAGGAGGGAAUUCAAACUGCUCUUCGUUUAUCUGCACUCUCCAGACCACCCAGACGUCCCCGGAUUCUGCUCUGGCUGCUUGUGCUCGGAUGUCGUGGCGGAGUUUGUAAACACCAAUUUUGUGUCUUGGGGAGGUAGCGUCCGAGGGAGUGAGGGGUUCAAGAUGAGCAACAGCCUGAAGGCGUCGAGGUUCCCCUUCUGUGCAGUUGUAAUGGCUGCCUCCAACCAGAGGAUCGCUCUACUCCAGCAGGUCUCCCUCCUUCUCCCUUGAUCUUCUGCUGUUUUUUCUGUGUCAAUUUGUUCUAUUGUGUCUUACAUCUUUGAGCAGGUUAUACCAAUAAGAUUUUCUCCUUUGAGAUCCAAUAGGUAAUGCUCCUUUAGGUGCAGAAAGGACAAACUUUUGAAAAGGGGGAAAUCGUUGAUGGGCUUUUCACGAAAAACAAAAGGAGAAAAUGCUACGAAAUUGUUAACAGCGGAGUGAGGAUCGUAGAUGGUGAAAAGUAAUAAUGUCUUGUCCCAGUUAGGAAACCACACUAAAAAGCUUGUUGGAUGAUAAAUUAGUUGUCACAAGCACCUUGGUCUUUCCGUCAUAGUGAGAUUGCACGUUUUUUAUUUUCUGGGGUUUAAAAAUUUUAGAGAUUAGCACCACUUAAGUCAUUUUUCUGUAUGGUUCUACUUUCGGAACGGAUUUGACAAAUGACUUACAUGUUAGCCAAAAAUCUCAUUUCAUUAAAUCGUUUACCUUUGAAGUUCUUAUAAGGGAAAUAUGGAAUGUUAAACGUUGAAAUCCAAUAGUACGUCUUUUUUCCUUCCAACAGUAUCUGUCAUCUGAGAGUGUAUCGAUGACAAAUGUACUCCUGUAAAAAUACUUGUAUGCCACACCCCUACAAAAAGGUCUCUUGCUCAAGAAAAUUUGGUCUGUAGAAUCAGAUCAGAUCAUUAGAAUUGCCACUGCUGACCUCAGUAUAAUCCUGAUGCAUUGGACCUCUCCAUUAAGUAUUGUUUGGGGGGCAGCCAGAUCAGUUCAGAUCCCCUUCUCUUGAAUCAAAUCAUUUAUGGGUCGAUGACAAUUCAGAACAGCUGAUCCUGGUUACCAUAGAAACCGUCCUCUUUUGUUGAAAGGUUAUUCUACAAUUCCGAUUAUGAAUCAAUUGUCUGGUACUGACUGGCUACGAAAUGGCCCGCAAAACUGAUCAUAGAAAUUGCUGAUAUUUAAUAUGUUUGCCUCUCCAACAUCCAGGACGUUUUCUCGAUGUAUCUGUUUCAUGAUUCCUUUCUUUUUAGCAUGUGAAAGCACGAACGACUCCUUUCUGGCCAUCUGAGAGAGUCCUUGGAAGAGAAAUUAAAUCAAACAAAGACCCAAUGAACAUUGAUUGAAAGAUGGGGAUAGGAACCCCAAUUCUUCUAAGCAAUAAUCAUAUCUAAAAAUGAGCUUCAGAAAAUAAUCCUGUCAAAUUCAGAACCCAUGUUGUUCUGGAGAAAAAUUAGUCCAGCACAGUCUACUUAAACUCUACCCCUAACUCCAAAGCAAGGUGACAUUUUGAAACCCAAAUGGAAGAAGGGAUCUAUGCUUUCAUCAAAUGAUGGCUGAGACCGCGACCAGGCCUGUCACUUAGGAGGAAGCACAGGAAGAUGUAUUCAAUGUGCAUCACAAAAAUAUCAUUGAAAGGGACUCUAUGGGAGUAACAUAGGAGAUUACGGAUUGCUUUAUUAAUUUUAUGCCAUUAAAAUUAAUGGAAGGGAGGUAUAUUAUCAGUCCCCUCCAUUGACAACUUGAGAAGCCAUUCAGUUGUAUCUUUACAGUCGGAAUAUCCUUCCUCUAAAGCGAGAAAGCCAAUGAUUUUUUAUGAAAUCUGGAGGAUUUGGACAAAGGGAAUAUCAUCCCAAUCUUGUUCUUAUAUGGGUAUAAUUACCUCAGUGCAUAGAAAACUUUUAGUUGCAAUCUUUAUUGAAGUCACUAAAGUUUUGGAGAUAAUAUACUACAUUGAUUAUUGGAAUUUUCACAUGAUACGUUGCCAUUUGAAGUUGACAAAGAAGACGGUAGUAAGCUGUGAUUUUUCUGGCUGCUAGCUUUUCCAAAAUUAACCUUGUAAGUUUUGGAGAUCAUAUCAGAGGGAUGCAAGAGAUCGCAUGAGAGGCCUAUGCCCCUAGCCUCCAUAUUGGUUACAAAGAGUGCUCAUUCCUCACCCUCCUUAUAUACCAUCAGUUCAGGAGGUGGAAAAAUCCAUAUCUCCUGACGAUAUGGAUAUGAGGAAAGAAACAGCCUUUCUUGUGUACCUAACUGUGCUCCUGUACCUGCAAUAGUAUAGUGGAAAACACUACAUUAGCAUGUACUCUUUUUGUGAGGGCAGGAGAACACAGCCAGAGUGUGCUUCUAUUGCUUCUGUAAAAUUUUGAAGAGUAAUCAUAAAGUUGGUGUGACUCACAUUGGUUCUUUCCUUAAGUAUAUGUCUUAUAAGAUUAGAAAAAUAUUUAGAAUUCUUCAGGUAAACGUUGUAUCUAGCAAAUAGUUCAGUGAAUCUAAUUAAUGAAAAAGCAGUUUCUGUGAUCACAUUUCCUUUCUCGCCGAUACAGAAGCAUGUGGUUUAUAUUUCUGGGUAUAUCAAUGUUUGUAUCUUGAUUCAGAUAGGCAAUGCGAAAAACAUGUGGUUCUGAGAAGAAAUAUAGGGGCCAAGUUCUCCACUGGGAAACAAGUUCACCUGGAGUUUUGAUUUUUCUUAGUUAAAAUACUGUACCAUCUGUUCAGGACCACUUUAGAGGUUGAUGACCGUUGGUUGCAAUCCUGAGAAAUCCUGCUUGAAGGAUUCGUCUCUCUGCAGUAUAUCCUCUGCCAAGUGUAGCUUCUUGAAGCUCGAGUGGUGAAAUAUUUUGGAGAUAGUUUUUUCAGGUUAAUUUCCCAUUGGAGGUAUAUGAUUGAGGAUAAAAGAAUUCGGACUAUUUGUUUUUUUCGUUAUGCAAAUGGCUUUGUAGAAACUUCCUCUAUGUGACAGAAUUUAGAAACUUCACAAGCCUGGUACGAAUAUGUACUUUCUGUUGUAUCAAAUAGGAAUCAAUCAACAAAUAUUUAGUGUCAAAUAGGAAUCAAUUAAGGAACUAUUAUUGACAUAACUGGGAGAGCUUUGCUGAUUACAGUGCACAUGAAGACUUAGAAUCAUUUUUUUUUUCUCAUCAUCAUCUGGUGCCAUUACCGUUCUCAAUCUCUAGAAAAGGCAUAGUGUGAUGUGUCACUUCCUACGCUUUUCUGGCCCAUCUGAAUGUUGAGAGCUGGAAGAAUGAUAUUGGGUUCUUAAACACUUCAGUGAAACAUUUUUAUGAUUUUUAACUGAGUAUUCGUUUGCAAAGUCAUUGGCCUCUUGGGAGACUAAUAUUUUUCAAUCUCUAAAGAGAGCAAUAAGAAUAUAAUGCCACCCUCAAGAUUAAAACAGUACGAGAGCUCCAUUUCUCAAGUCGUAGGACCCUACCUCACCAAGAGCCGGCAAACCUUGGUCUAGCCUAAGGUCGUGGUCUAGAUUUUUCUUGGUGCUUUUUUUUUCAUGACAGAAUUUGGGAGUCUGAUCGAGGAUUCUGGCUAUGGUGUCUGGAGAUAUGUGUAACUCUCUGUUGAAGUAAUUUGUUUGUUUCCUUUUAUAAAAUUUACCACAUUCCAAAAGUACAGGAUGUAAAGAGGAAAGAUUUUGCCUCAUUGUCAUCAUCGUCCAUUAAGUUAAGCAUCAACGUAAAUUCAAAUUCUCUCAUCACGGGUCACUUUAUAAUGUCCUUUUAUAUUUGGGGAUUUUAUUGCUUUCUUCACAUUCACUGAUUCUUUCCAACUUUUAUUUCUCUUCUUGUGACUCCAUAUAAAAAGUUGAGAGUAUGAUGUACUUCUAUCAAUCUUCUUUCAAUCUGUCUAGACAGUCUCAAUGCUUUUGUGUGGACUCUUUAAAUGAUCUAAUGGGAUCCCUUAAUUUUCCAGUUAAAUACCAUGCUUGUUUUAUUUUGAUCUUCACCGAUCUUGUUCCACACAUUCUAUAUCCACACUCUUGGUUCUUUCAGAAAGGCUGUGUAUUUAUGCCAGAAUCAUUCCCUAUUUUUUAUGCCAGAGUAGCCUCAUACUAUGAUUCCAAUUGUCUGAAAAUUUGAAUGAUUUUCAUACUCAAUCUUAUAAUCAAUAGAACUUUUUACCCACGUUGGUUUAUUUUUGUUUGCUUUGGUUCAAGAAAUUAUUAUGCCUUGACGUUUUAUGACGUUGUUCUGUCAACAUACCUUGUUCUUAGUUGAAUACACUCUUGAUCUUUGUUAUUUCUUUGUGGGCAAGGUGUUGUCUUCUUUUGCACCUUUUGUCAAUCUUCUAUAUACAUUCUUCUGCUAUUUUUGUAAUUUCUACAGAUUGAAGGACCCAGAUCUCCAGAGGAACUGCUUAGGAUUCUUCAGCGGGUGUAUGAAGAGAGCAGCACAGUACUUAUUACCGCCAGGCUGGAGGCUGAAGAAAGAAGAAAUGCCUUGCGUUUGAGAGAGGAGCAAGAUGCUGCUUAUCGUGCUGCACUUGAAGCUGAUCAAGUAUUUGCCCUUUUAUCAGAGUCUUUGAUUUUCCUUGAUUUAAAUUUAUAAAUCAAUCUAUUGUGGGGCAAAAAUAUCUCUCACUUUAAUUCUUCUUUCUGGAAAACAGAUGGCGUUGCAUGCCAUUAACAAAAUAACUUUAAGGUCAUAGCUUUCACCAUACCCACCCGCGUGCUUAGAUACUUUGGAUGAUCUAUUCUACUCCCUUGUCAUUUCAAGUACAUAAUGUUUUAUAUUCCUUUCUGUCUGAAGGUUUCAUAAUGUAGAAUGAAGGCCAGGCCUUUAAUCUUUCCUUGUAACUUUCCGUUGGUGCUUGUGGAAACGCCAGGGAAAUCAUAUGAUCCUAGGCCCUCUCGUUAUCCAUAGGGCACCAGUCCUUGCCCGAAUCGCUCGGCAAUAUGUGUCCUCAUUGAUCCUUCUCAGAGAAGGUUAGAAAUAAACCCUAUGAUAUUAUUUAUCAUGCACUAAAUUGUGCAAUUUAUGCCUCAUCUUUAUCUAUUAUGUUACAUCCAGUCCCCGACUCAAAGACUUUAGUAGGACUCUUAUUUCGAUUCUCAGAUGCCUUCAAAUGGGCGCUGCUAUCUUGACUGAACCAUUCCUAAGACGGAAAAUGAUGAUAUCAUUGGCUGACUGGCUCCCUUGCAAUAAUUUAUUCAGUCCCACUUCUUAUUUUGAAACUGCAGUGUGGUUGCUAUCUGUUGAAUUGAAAGACUUCUUGUGUUGUAGGCUAGAGAGCGUCAAAGGAGAGAAGAACAGGAACGAUUGGAGAAGGAAGCAGCAGAAGCUGAGAGAAGACGCAAGGAGGAGGAGGAGGCACUGGAAAGAGCAGCCCGUGAGGCAUUUGAGAAAGAGGCCGCUUUGGCUCGCAGGAGGCAAGAGAAAGCCGUGUCACUGGGAAUCGAACCUGAGAAGGGGCUUGAUGUCACACAAGUAAUGCUCCCUGAACUCAUAAACUUGUACUGUUCUUCUGAAAUUUGUGCUUCAAUUAUGUCCCAUCCUUAGCCCUGUAUGUUCCGCAAUAGUUUCUUUAGCAGAAAAGCUAGUGUAUACAUGCUCCAUAAAAUGUUCUGUGUUUUUGGAGAACAAUGAAUCAUGCAUAGUACCAUGGCUUUGUACCACCAAUUAGCUGCAUUUAAUUUUAUUUUUCUAACCAAGGUCCUCGUAGAAUCACCCAGCUUGCUUGUUCACCCUUCUCAUUGACCAAAGAACACCACGGUUCAAGUUAGCUUCUUGUUGUACAUAUCCACACAAGGAUUAUCUCCUCAAGAUCCGAGAAAAGAGAAUCGGAAUCGUAUGGCAUGAAAAAAAAAAAAAUCGCUUCCUCUUGUCACAUGAUGAAUUUAGAAUUUAGUGAAAUUUCCAAGGUAAGUUCCCAUGAAUAUGUUCAAUUCUCCACCAGGAGAAUGCUUUGUGUCCAGUUCUGCCCCAAUCAUGGUCACUCUUUGGCGGCGUAAUCAUAUUACUCCGAUCGAGCUGAGCCAUUCAGAAUUAGGUCUAGAUGUGUCAAUGGGCCAGUAAAAUUGGUGAUCGGCCUGGUCUUUCUCAGCUUGGGCUUAAAUCUAACUCAGGAAGAAAAAUGCCCCCACCCGGCUCCAAUCUGGUCCAUCUGCACAUACCAUACUCUGUCAGGAGAAAUCGCCCUGCGGACUACACUUUCCAGUUUUUAAAAGAAAAAAUCUGGAUUUUCCUAAUUUCUAUUUUCUGUCUUGUGUGACCCACCAAAAAUCUCAAAAUAAGGAUUGAAAAAUUUGGAUCUCUCCCCCUGUGGGCUACAUUUUCUAGUAUUUAAAAAAAAAACUGGAAUUUCCUAAUUUAUAUUUCCUGUCUUGUAUGACCAACCAAAAAUCUCAAAACGAGGAUUUGAAAAUUCUGGAUAUCUCCCCCUGUGGGCUACAUUUUUCCAGUAUUUUUAUUAAAAAAAUAUGGAAUUUCUUAAUUUCUAUUUUCUGUCUUGAGUGACCCACCAAAAAUCUCAAAGCAAGGAUUCCAGAAGCUAAUGAAUUCCUCCUAUUUUCCCAGGUGCUUGUGAGAUUUCCGACCGGCGAACGCAAGGAAAGGAGGUUCCACAGCUCAUCUCCGGUCAGCUCACUCUACGACUUUGUUGAUUCCCUGGACUGUCUCAAAGCUGAGAAGUAUAACCUGGUCUCCAACUUCCCCCGCAUCUCAUACGGCCCAGAGAAGCACUCCCUGACUCUGAAGGAGGCCGGCUUGCACCCCCAAGCAAGCCUCUUCGUGGAGUUGGGGGAGGCAUGA